AUGAUUUCUGCUGCUGCUGAUCGCCUACGGCGAGCGUCACAGACUCCCGAGAUUACCGGAAAUUCUCCGAAGAAUCUAGACGAGACAUUAAUUAGCCUUGCCUCGCCCGCCCGUCCCGGGACACCAGGCGGGCCUCGCCCGCCCGUCCCGGGACACCUGGCGGGCCUCGCCAGCCCGUCCCGGGGUGGGACACCUGGCGGGCCUCCCCCGCCCGUUCCCGGGGGACACCAUGGCGGGCCCCCCUCCCCCCCCGCCCGUCCCGGGAAACCAGGCGGGCCUCGCCCGCCCCUCCCCUGGGACACCAGGCAGGGCCUCAACCCGCCCCUCCUGGGACACCUGGCGGGCCACGCCCAGCCCCUCCCGGACACCUGGCGGGCCAGGGCCACGCCCGCCCGUCCCGGGACACCAGGCGGCCCUCGCCCCCACGUCCCGGGACGGACCUGGCAGGCCUCGCCCGCCCGUCCCGGGACACCUGGCGGGCCCUCGCCUACCCGUCCCGGGACACCUGGCGGGCCCUCGCCCUCCCGUCCCGGGACACCUGGGCGGGCCCGCGCCCGCCCGCCCUCCCGGGAAACCUGGCGGGCCUCGCCCGCCCUUCCGGGACGGGAACACCUGGCGGGGCUCGCCCGCCCGUCCCGGGACACCUGGCGGGGCCUCGCCCGCCUGUCCCCGGACACCUGGCGGGCCUUGCCCACCCGUCCCCGGGACACCAGGCGGGCCUCGCCCCCCCCGUCCCGUGACACCAGGCGGGCCUCGCCCCCCCGUCCCGGGACACCGGGGGGCCUCCCGCCCCACCUGGGGGGCCUCGCCGCCCACCCCGGGACACCAGGCAGGCCUCGCCCGCCCGUCCCGGGACACCUGGCGGGCCUCGCCUGCCCGUCCCGUGACACCUGGCGGGCCGCGCCCGCCCAUCCCGGGACACCAGGCGGGCCUCGCCCGCCCGUCCCGCGACACCUGGCGGGCCGCACCCGCCCGUGCCCGGGACACCUGGCGGGCCGCGCCCGCCCGUCCCGACCCUGGCGGGCCGUGCCCGCCCGUCCCGGGACACCUGGCGGGCCGCGCCCGCCCGUCCCGGGACACCUGGCGGGGCAGCGCCCCGCCCACGCCCGGGUCCCGGGACACCUGGCGGGCCUCGACCCGCCCGUCCCGGGGACACAUGGCGGGCCGCCCCCGCCCGCCCGUCCCGGGACACCUGGCGGGCCGCGCCCGCCCGUCCGGGACACCUGGACGGGCUCGCCCCGCCCGUCACGGGUACACCUGGCGGGACGCGCCCGCCCGUCCCACCGGGUACACGGGGGGCCCUCCGGGGGGCCUGGCGCCCUCCCGCCCACGUCCCGGCGGGCCCUCGCCCAGCCCGUCCCGGGGACGGCGGGCCGCGCCCCCGCCGUCCCGGGACACCGGGGGGGGCCGGCCGCGCCCCGCCCGUCCCGGGACACGCCGCCCGCCCGACACCCGGCGGGCCGCGCCCGCCCGUCCCGGGACACCCGGCGGGCUUUCUUUUUUUUCCCGCCUCGUCCCGGGGAACACCGGGGGGUGGGGCCCCCGGGCUCGCCCCCGCCCGUCCCGGUGAACCCCGCGGGCCUGCGCCCGCCCCGUCCCGGGACACCCCUGCGGGCCUCGCCCCGCCCGUCCCGUGACAACCGGCGGGCAGGCGCCCGCCCGUCCCGGGACACCCCCGGGCGGGCCUCGCCCGCCCGUCCCGUGACACCUGGCGGGCCCGCGCCCGCCCUUCCCGGGACACCCCGGCGGGCCCUCGCCCGCCCGGCCCGUGACACCUGGCGGGUCCCGCCCUCCCACACCUCACCGUCCCGACACCUGGCGGGCCUCGCCCGCCCGUCCCGGGGGACACCUGGGGCGGGCCGCCCGCCCGUCCCGGGGACACCUGGCGGGCCGCGCCCGGCCCCGUCCCGGGACACCGGGCGGGGGGGGGGGGGGGGGGCGGGCGCGCCCGCCCGUCCGGGACACCUGGCGGGGCUCGGCCCCGCCCCAUCCCGGGACACCGGCGGGCUCGCCCGCCCGGUCCCGUGA